AUGUUGCUUGGGGUCGAUACGUUUUGGAUUGUCUUCCUCAAGCUUGAUUUGUUAUUGAAGUAUUUAUUCUCAUUCUUGGUUUUAUCAAAUGUGGUUGUGUCCGAGAAAGGGGCUCCAUAUCCAUCGUAUUCGGAAACUAUUUUAAGUUUCUACUCGUGCAAUUUGGCAAUCCGAGCAUCUGCUCUGUUCUGUGAUGAAUCAGAUUAUGGUUGUGCUUGCUACAACCCUGCAGCAUUGGCUAGUGUCGCUGGUUGCUUGAACUAUGGGAAUGAACCUAAUGGCAAAGAAACAGAAUUUUUCAACUUCUGUGCAAAGAACUAUGCUACGACAAUUACGGAGGAACGAUACUGGGCUGCAUACGAAAACUAUACAAAGUACGCUGUCCAUACGUCUGAUAUCAAGGGAUUUAACAAAUCGGUGCCGAUUUCUGUACCGAUCAUCCUUAAUUCCACUUUGAUCUCGGACUACAGACAUGCUUACAUUAAUUUCCUAGGAAACUAUAAUCACUCGUUGUAUUAUGGGAGUGGGGUUUUGGGUUAUUGGGCACUUGUCUUCGUGCUUGCCACAAUCUUCCACUGGGCUAAAUUCUUGUGCCCGGGUCUCAUGAAGAAGUGUACUGGACCUAUCACCAAUUUUUGGAGAAAGAAUGUUACACUUCCAGCUCUUGGUAAGAAGGAUAAAACAAACGACGUUACAAUUUUGAAAUUUAUAAAUAUCUUACUUCCUUCCAGAGCUGAAACCUUAGUUUUAAUUGGGUUUUGUGUGGUAACUGUGUUUGCUAGUUCUCAUGAUAUACACUGGUCUGAAGGUGAUCCCAUUUUUCCAAAGAAGCAGAGUGCCUUAUUGAGAUUCAUUGCCGAUAGAACUGGUAUUGUUGCUACUAUCAUGAUGCCAAUGCUCAUUCUUUUCGCUGGUAGAAACAAUUUCUUACAGUGGAUCACAGGCAUCAAUUUUGCUUCUUUUAUUGCUUAUCAUAAGUGGAUGGCUAGAGUCGUCUUCGUUUUGGUCAUGAUUCAUUCUGUUUGCUUCUCCGUCAUAAUUUUGGAAAAGAAAGAGAGAAAACGAGAAGCUUACUUGGUAUGGGGUACAAUCGCCACUUUGGCAGGUUUGAUUAUUUGGGUUCAAAGUAUUUUGUAUCUCAGAAGAAAGUGGUACGAAGUAUUUUUGAUUGUUCACAUCGUUAUGGCUGCCUUGUUUAUUGGCGGUUCUUGGAUCCAUGUUGACGAAUUGGGUUAUGCUUGGUUCUUCUAUGCAACAGUAAUAGUAUGGUUCUUUGAUAGGGCCGUAAGAGUUGCUAGACUUAUUCAUUUUGGGUUCCCUAAAGCUACUGUGUCACUAUUGGCUAACGAAACUUUAAAAGUCGUUGUUCGUAGACCAAAGUUUUGGCCAGCGAUUCCAGGUGGACAUGCUUUCCUUCAUUUUAUGAGACCUUCAUGCUUCUGGCAAUCCCAUCCAUUCACAUUUACACUAUCACCGGACUCAGAUGAAAAUAUUGUUAUGUACUGCAAAGUGAAAGGUGGUGUUACACACGGUCUCUACCAGUAUUUAGCUACGCAUCCAGGUAAGACAACUCAGAUUAGAGUUUCUCUUGAAGGGCCAUACGGAGAACCUACCCCUGCUAGAGUGUACGAUUCAGCAGUCUUCAUUGCUGGUGGUAGUGGUAUACCUGGAAUUUACUCAGAGGUCUUGGAUUUGGCAACAAGAGCAGUUCAAGACAGCAAUAAAUUAUUGAAACUACACUGGGUUGUCAAGGACUACGAUUCUUUAUUUUGGUUCUAUGAUGAAAUUCUAGCACUUAAAGACACCAACAUUCAAUGUACAAUCCAUGUAACUAGACCAACUAUGUGUGCUGAACCUGAACAGGAAGAAGUUUUUAGCAAUACGAUACCGGAACAAUCGAGUUCCGAUGGAAGUCUUCACUAUGAUAAAAAAAAUGAUUCAGUUAAUUUCACUGCCGUAGAUGAAGUCAGCGCAGGAAUAGUUGGAAAGAUUAAAUAUGGCUUGAGGCAUGUAACCUUUCUUGAAGGUAGACCGUCUAUUGAGAAAAUUGUCAAGGCUGAAGUUGAAGAAUCGUCUGGUUCCAUUGCAUUUGUUACAUGUGGUCAUCCAUACAUGGUAGAUGAAUUGCGCUACUGCUGUGCACACGCUUUAUACGAUUCUAAGGGUAAAAGAAUUGAUUUCUUUGAGCAAUUGCAGGUCUGGGCAUAA